AUGUUCCGCCGAGAAGACUGUGGGCUCUCACCUCAUUAUAAACGUGUUUCAUUCCCCGGAGUUCAUUCAACAUCAGAUUCCCAUAAACGAUCACGAUGGAUGAUGAUCAGAGAUCUCUACAGGUGCACUCACGCCAACUUCUCAUGGGAGCAUUUAGACCGCACGUUUAUGCAGAAUGCCGUGAUAACCAGAUCCAUGGUCCCGGAUUCUCAAUCGAAGAGGGAUGAUGUUGUUAAUUGCACGGCAGCCUUGCUGAAACGUUUACCACCUACACCACUUCCGCUGCCUAGUGAUAUACUACAGCCAACAGAGGAACUUAUAGGGGGAUGCUGGCUUAAGAGUGACGCAGGAAAUGAAUACUCCUGGGAUCAACUCUCUACGGUUUCCAGGUUGUCGAGCAGUGUGAUUCGCAUGGGGAUUGCCAUAGCUUUGACAUAUGACAGAAAGGCCGACCUCAACGUGAGCAGUUCUGAAUCUCACGACUUCAGGCAAUUUUUGGAUUUCGUCUCCGACCUUAUUGACGGCGUCUUCUUCGAGCUUGAGAAGGGGCCUGUGAAAAAGAACGACACGUGGGUGAAUAGCACAUGGCGUUGGUUCGCACUUCUUACUUAUCUGUGGAGUACCUGGCAACGCUGUUUGGCCUUACACUACUGGCGAGUUCUGCAAGAUAGCUUGCAAACAGGAUUUGACUACACUGGUUUCGGAGAACUCGGGCUUCGCCCGAACAGAGGCUCGUUUCUUGCCCUGGAGUUGCAGCAGAAGGUUAGGUCGCAAGACAAGUUGCAAUACAUGUGUAACUUGGCAUUUCAAAUCUUACAACGAAGUAGAUCGACUUCCCUGCUCGAUCUGCGGCACUUUCACCAGAGAUUUAUUCAAGUGUUUGGUGAAAGGCCAGCAAGAUGCGUUGGCAAUCGGGUCUGUUCUGGACUAGGACCUGACCAUUGUAAGCGAAUUAGGGGAGGUGACAAAAUCGAGGACCAAAGUCAGCACGAUCUCUCUUGUACGCGUAAACAGGGAUGCAGCCGUAUGGUAUGGAAUAAAGCUUCAUAUCUAGAAGUAUGCGGGCCACGCGCUGUCUCUAUUUCUAGCUCCUCCGAUCAACUAUGUUAUAAAUUAGCCGACGCGAAAACCCUAGCGAUCUCACACGUAUGGCUUCAUGGCCAAGGCGGCAUCCCUGAUGAGCACGUCCUGCGCAAAGAAGCUAUUUCGACUAUAAACCAAGUCUUCUCAACGAGUCAUGCAACUAUAUUGUGCGAUAGAGAUCUAAUGGACAUCGACAUCUCGAUUAUACAAGACACAGACAACACACCUGCUAGUGUAGCCCUUCAGGAAUCUAUCCUUUCUAUAGUCCUUGUUUGUGACUGGAACGUGAGGGCCUGGACGUUACUAGAGGCCUUACGUGGCAGAAAGAACAUCCAGCUUCUGUGUAAAUCGGGAAACGAAAACAAACUGAUUUCGUUAACCGAAAUACUUCGCACUGUGGCAUUCUGUGGGGAUAUCACCAUAUCGAUACUCCUCUUAACGAACCACCACUUAUUUCCACCCCCGAACGCUACUCAUUGGAUUAAAGUCAAAACAAGUAACCAAGAGCUGUCGAAGUUUCAACAUAUUAUCUUCGAUGCUAGUUUCGAUGCCAGUAUCGUUUCAGCACGAAUAGACCGUGGUUUCGUCGCGGUAUCAGAGGCCGCCUCGCUUCUGGGACAAAGAUUCGCUUCUCGCCCCGGAGACGAUGUUAUCAUAUGGAGCCUCCUCGUCGACGACCCAGUGGUGACGGAUGCUCAGGAUCUAUGGGCUAGAGGGAAGUAUGGAGGAGCACGCCUCGACAGCGUUGUUCACACUGGCCACUUACUCUCAAGCGUACAGAGGCUCACUUCACGCCAAGGGCCAUCAUGGGCACCUAGACAACCAGGGCCUUACCCUGCGGCCAAUGAAGAGCCUCCGGCAUCCAAAUUGUACCCUCCGUAUGACGGCAUUCAGUCCCAGAUUGGUCUGAUUGAGAUUGGUAAGAACGGGGACGCAUAUCUCCGAGCAAACUGGGGAGUUGCAGUUAUUCACUUCAAGGACGGCUUUGCUUCGCAUUACCGUAGCUUUCAAUCCACAGCAAACUGCUUGGUCGAUGAGACCGUGCCUGAUCAGUUAAAAGAGCACCUAAAAGGCUAUAAGGAGGGCAUACUACUCCAGCCUUUACAGCGGGAGGCUGCGCAAGGAGAAGGAUAUGGUGGUAUUUCUGAAGGGCUUGUGUUUGCCGUGUGUGGUAAGAAGUAUCAGAAACCUGGUGAUGGAAUAUGGACAUGGCUCGGAAUCAUUGACUGGGGGAAAGAUUAUAGGUUGCCAUACUUUGAGGAGCGAGAAAUUAUUCUAGAUUAA